GUCUUCAACAACCUGGGGGUUGCCAUGGCAACGUAUGUUGCGGCUGUCACGUUCGUGCCGCUUCUUUUGGGCAUAUUGUACUCCACUGGAAAUGGCGCGCUUGUGCAGAGUGUCAACCCUCACUCUCCGCUAUUAACAUCGCUAAUUGCGGGACAGCACGCCAUCGUACGGGUCUACAGUCCGUCCGGGAUGUGUAUAAUCGAUACCGCCGACGACUGGACUGAUUGUCUGGCGAAGGCGAUCUCACAUACCUACACACACACACCCACACACCCACACCUAUCCACCAACACAUCACGUCAAACAGACCCCUCCACCAAUGAUGACGCGCACGCACACACCACACACAACAACGCCAAUGGCGACGAGGAAGACAUCCUGCAGCCCUGGAUGAACCAUGUGACUUCAGCUGAUCCGAGAUUUCCCCAGACGUUGCCCAUGGCAACGGACUCAGAUUGGGGCUAUUGUGUCACCGACGACCAAAUAAGGGCUACGCGAUAUUUGUACACCGGCGACCAAAGGCCGGUAGAUCCUGGGUCGGGGUAUAACAUCACCAACAACACGAAGACCAACAUUGCGCUAAAAAUAGAACAGGAAGAAGUGAUUGGCUGUUGCGGUGCGCAAACCCAGGGUCGGGGAGACCACUAUAGUUUUGGAUACUCACCUGACGCUUGGUCCCGGAAUCCGACCACCGGAAUACCGGGACGGGGAGAAGAAGUGAGAAAUAGAAGACGAGCACAUGUGGGUACUGUAUUCGGCGCAGAUAAGCGCAUUAUAUCAGACGAUGAGAAUACCGGAGACAUGUUCGUUGACGGAACGGAACGUUUUCAUGAAGCCGUUAACGCUGGACACGCAACACCCAAUACAGAUGAUGGUAAAGAUAGAAACAGCCCAACACUCAAUACAGAUGAUAGUAAAGACAGAAACAGCCCAACACUCAAUACAGAUGAUAGUAAAGAUAGAAACAGCCCAACACUCAAUAUAGAUGAUAGUAAAGAUAGAAACAGCCCAACACACAAUACAGGCGAUAACAAGGACAGGCAUAGCCAAGUGCAUCGGCAUGCGGAGAAGCGUACUCGACACAAAGGUGUCGGAGAAACCUCGGCGAAUGGUACGGUGUACCGAACUAUCUCACUCACCCCUCCCCACUACCACAAUACCCAUCACACUCACCAGUCUGUUCAACAGUUUAACAGUGCGAAAACACAGCCACAACAGCGCAGACGGGACGUAGUACAAGGUAGUAGGGCUACUGAGGGGAUCGCAAUACCCGGUGAGUCACCAAUGAAUCAUGGGGCUAUUAAUAGAACACCCCGAUCUAUAAAUAGAACACCGGACCCACCCACGUGCGAGUGUAUGCCGGCGCGGGCGACUGUGGCGGGCAUCCCGUGUCAAUCUACACGCGCGUGCACUACGUUCGAUGCAACCGAUAUCAGUGCAGUCAGGUGCAUGGUUCCUCUUCGGCCCCAUCCGACGGUGCAACUCUUCCGUAUUGAAGUGGCUGACAUCCGAAGUCUCAAGGUUCACGACCGGCCCCAUACCCCAAAAAUAGGACACGCGACCAC